AUGCACGUCGAUGUUGGUCAUGGAUGUUUACGGGGCUCCCACGUGAUCAGGGAGCGUCGAAAGACGCUCCGGGGCACGCAUCAUAGAGCCCUCAACUUGCUUUGGGAGCCGGAGCACUCCCGGAGCAUCCCAGAUACGACCAAGGGCCGUUUCGAGGCGCUCAAACCGGGUGGCCUUCUGGUCAACGAGUCCGGUGCGCUGGGAAAUGUGGCCGAGGUGCAUUCCGCAAUUAUCAGCGGUCUAGUCACCCAAGGAAUUCCUGUUGAGCAGGCGCGAGAAGCAUCGCCUUGGUGGUUCCCAUCGCAGCAGGCUAUGAAGGACUUUACAACGUUGAGAGAGAAUGAGAAGGGUGGUGUUGAAGGAUGGAUUCGUCUGCUUGGUAAGCCCUUUCUUAAACUCCUCCAGACGACCGAGGCACGCGACGCAGCCGUCAAACAUGCCGUUGACGUUCUCGAGGCUGUUGGAAGACAGCAGCAUGAUGGUUCUUAUACUGUCAAUUACAUUCGCCUUCGCUUCGUUGCUCAGAAGCCAGAGUAA